CGCACGGUAACUUUUUUUAUGACAUCAGAUCGAAUUGAUUGUUGUAAAAAAGGAUUUUUGAAGGUUUAUAAUUAUUUCGUUGCCAAAGGAUUCCAAACACCGCCGUCGACGUGCCCACAAUAAUGGCCGAUCCCAAGUUCCAGAACCUACCGGGAAUAGCUUAUGACCAGCCGGACGUGUACGAAACUCCAGAUGACCCGGAGCUCGAUACAUCCGACUACUACGAAGAGGAGCCGGAGAACGAAGCCAUCGAGCGACUGCACAUCUCGCCGAGCGUCGCUCACAAGCGCUUCAGCGGAGCAACGGUCGAGGGGAGUGUGGACUUCACGGAUCGCAUUGGACGACGCAUGUGCCGGGGUUACGAUACGCGCGGCUCCAGCGACUACGAGCUGGUUGGCCAGGGCGAGAAGGAGACGCCGGUGCAGAAGUGCCAGCGCCUGCAGAUCGAGAUGAACGAGCUUCUGAACGAGGUGGCCGCCUUGCAGGUGGACCGCAAGGUAGCCGACGAGGAGAAGCAGUCGUACGAUGCGGUGGCCACGGUUAUCAGCACGGCCCGAAAGGUGCUGGAGUCGCUGAAGCUGGAGCAAGUGCUGGGCAAGGAGCAGACGCCUGGAAGUAAGCAGGUGAAAGCACUCAUUAGCCAGGUGGAGGAGUUCAAGCAGUCCGGCGUUCUCACAGCCAUACCCACGCCUGGCACCGAUCUGGCGGCCACGGCCCGCGUAGCCAGUCUAGAGCAGCGAAUCUCGCAGCUGGAGAAGGUGCUGGGCGCUCAGCCGGACAAGUUGAGCCGCCUUACCGCCGCCACCAACACCACCAAUGUACUAGAGGCAGUGCGUCAUCUAAGCACCAAGGCGGCCCUGAUACAGCCUGAUAAACUGGACACCAUCGAGCAGCGCCUGACCUCGCUGGCCGGCAAGAUGGAUGCUAUCGCCGAAAAGUCCAGCGGCAGUGCCCAGGACGCCAAACGAGAUCAGAAGAUUACGGAACUAUACGACAUCGCGAAGCGCACGGAGCCAGUGGUGGAAAUACUGCCGCACGUCAUCGAACGCAUGCAAGCCCUCGAGGCCCUCCAUAAAUAUGCAAACAAUUUCGCCAAGAUCAUCGCAGAGAUUGAGCAGAAGCAGGGAACCAUCACCACUAGCUUGGUGAACAACAAGGAGCUGCUGCAUUCCGUACAGGAGACUUUCGCCCAGAAUCUGGAGACUAUCAACAGCAAGGUGGCCAAGGUGGAGCAGCGUGUGGCGGCCAUAUCGUCUGCCAAAUGAGUGGAUGCAUACCAUGCGUAUUAAAUAAACAUAGCUUAUAUUUAUGAAAGAUACCUAUAAUAAAGAGAUCUACAUUCGAGUCCAGUUCCAGUC